UUCUCGCUAUCUGACGGAACCAAACGGCGUGUGCAUGUGUACAACAAUAUUGUUUCCGAUGUCGUCGUAACGUUAAACAAUAUCAUCCGUCGUUCUCCCAGACGAUAAAUGAACGAAUAAAAGUUCUCGCGGACGAGAGUACGGAACGUUUCCCCGAGAAAACCACUCGGACUUGUGUCUUUAUUAUUAUACAGUUGAGUGAUUGAUAACUUUACGUUUGUAGACUAGUGGGAACAACGCUGCCGUAUGAUAUGGCUUGGAAAUUGUUGAUAACCGUUCACAAUUUCAUUGUAUUGGCGCAGUGCGUGGACUGGUCAGGAAAAAUCUACCAGACAAACGCGGCUUUAGAAAAAGAAAACCUCAUGUUUUGUUACGAGUGCAAUACAAUGGUAAACGGGAAAAGCUGCAGUGAUUUCACAGACAAGGACGAGUAUUUGAGAUUCUCUACGAAAUGUACAGGAGAUAGAAAAACAUGCAUGGUGAAACGAUAUUCGUACACGACGAGCAACGAGAGCACCACUUCCGGCCAACAGCUCUGGUCACUGGAACGCAACUGUUCGGGCAAAUGCGAGGACGGGUGCAUCGUGAUCGGCGAACGGAUCAAGAUCUACGCGUGUCAGGCGUGUUGCGAGUCGCCGCUGUGCAACGUGUCCAACGGAUCCGACCGUCGGUCCUCGACUCCGUCGUUUGUCGUUUGUCUGGCGUUCUUGUUCUUGCUCUUGAGAACUGUCGUCGAUCAGCUACAGUCGCCGUCGUCGAAACGACCGUCCGCCCCAUUCUUUUCCACUUCUUCGUCCUCGUCGUCCGCUCCAUUCCACUUGUCAUCAGACACUAGACACUUGACAAAAAAAAUCAAUACAUAUUUUAUAUUUUUAUCAGCGAACCUAUUCACCUCACGGUUUGCCGCUUUCGACACAUCGUUGAUAUAUUUUUUCCCCUAAAAAAAAAAUAAAUAUAAUAUAAUUACAUAUUUUUAGGUAGUACCUAUUAGGUACCUAUAUUGUACGUAUAAUAGGUGUGUACCUAUAUAAUACCUAGUACCUACCAUAUUAUGCAAUACAUGUACCUAUUAUACCAAUUACCUAUACCUACUAUAGAAGACAUCAGAGGGGCCGAAACAUAAUCUAAAACUCGUUGACAAAAUGCCUACCGAUGAGUGAUGAAUGAUGAUCCACCUCCGUAAACCAAUUAUUUACACUUUUAAGUAUUAACUAAUAAAUUAAUAUCGAAAUAAUAAUAUAGUAAUAUCGAACGAGGAUAACCACUAUAAUAAGUACAUACUAUAUCACAUGACACGUAUCAGUGGCGUAUUUAGGUUUUUGUGUUAUGAGGGAAUAUGAUUGUAUCCAGUAGCCCCGCCUCUAAAGUUAGAGUCCCUAAGUUAGAACUCCGAAAACUUUACUGGCGGGGCUACUGGAUAAAAUCAUAUCCCCCCCAAGACAACCCCCCCCCCCCCCCCCGUAAAUACGUCACUGACACAUUUCAUAGGUAAAACACAUUUUCAGCGUCUCUAUAUUAUAAUAGGUAUAUUAUAUGAUUUUGAUAAAUAUUUUGUGAUUUACUGUGCUAAGUAAAAUAUUAUUGGUAUCUAUCUACCUAGUACUUUUUAUAUAAUAUUAUAAUAUAAUAUAAUAAACUAUGUUUUUUUCGUACUUUAUUUUGUGAAAAUCAACGAUUUUUGUUUCCUAUAAAAAUGUUCUUUGUAUUUGUAGCUAUUUGGAUUUUGCCAGUUGCCAUUAUAUCUGUAUUGUAAUAUAAAAUUAAUAAAUAAUAAUAUCUUUA